AUGAAUGUACACCGGUUCUGCCCCGGCGAAGUAGCGUUGCGCGAGAUUCGACAAUAUACGAGCUCGACGGAGCUGUUAAUCCACAAGCUGCCAUUUCAGAGACUAGUUAGGGAGAUCGCUGCGGAGUUUGUGAAUUUUCGAUUCCAAUCAGCCGCCAUUGAAGCGCUGCAAGAAUCCUCCGAGGCGUACUUGGUGCAAUUGUUUGAGGAUAUGUUGUGUGCGGUUCAUGCGAAGAGGGUUACGGUUAUGCCGAGGGAUUUGAAGCUUGCGAGGAGGUUGAGGGGGGUGAGGGGGUGA